AUGGGAGCUGUGUGGUGUGUUCACGCUGCCGGGAACGAGGGAGGUGAGGCCCAAAUAACCUUCGAGUUCCAGGCGGAGUGGGAGAAGUUUGCUGCUACCCUACCGCAGUCCGUGAUUAUCUUUGGCAAGACCUCAAAGACAACAGAGGCGUUCAUCGAGAAGAUGAUGUCUGACAGUCGUGUCAAUGAGGCGUAUGUGCAGUCUCCCCUCGGCACACAAGGCACCAUAAUCUCGUACUAUAAGGCUGCUGUUGCUGCCGGCACCCCCUUUGUGGCUGGACGCGUCAUCACAACGGGUUCAAACCCGCUGACUUUGGACACGCGGUAUGAGGCGGUCAUGCACUUCCAAACUGUGGUGACGAACUACCUGAAGAACAGCAACCAGUCCGACUACCACAAUCCUGAGGUCUUUCUGGAGGACGAGGUUGUUGGGGAGUUGAUGGUGGGCGGCUGGAUAGCCGGUGAGAUCAUCAUGGAGACCCUUGCCUCAUCC